UUGGCGGUGAACUCCCGUAAGGCUCUGUCACUUAUCGACGAUAUGUUAACAGUAAUUUGCGAAGUUGAACACUUUGUUUGACGAAUCAGCCACACACUGGUACAAAACACUGCUCACGGUUCUGGACCAGUGUCAAAGCUUUGGCGCGCCUACUGGGAGGACACAGAGUCAUCAUCGGGGGGAUGGCGAGCUGCGCUUAUGUUUUCCAGAUCUCUGGAAUCAAAACCCAUGAUAAGAAGAGAGUUUUGGUCCAGGGAAUCCAGCAGCUGGGUGGAAAAUACAUUGGUGGCUCAGUCUACCAGCAAGCCAUCACCCAUCUCAUAAUCCCUCAGGUUUUGUCCAGCGAAAAGUUUUUGGCAGCCUGUGCUGCAGGAAAGUGGGUUGUCACUCCAGACUACGUGUUGAACAGUGUAAAGAAUGGGUCCUGGCUUGCAGAGGAACCCUAUGAAGUAACGAUUUCCACAAGGGCCAUGUCUGCCUUCAACCCUGUCAGGCAGUGGAGGGAGAAGGUGGCCAGUGGGAGGCUAACAGGGGCCUUCCAGGGCUGGACGGUUCUUCUCAUGGUCCAAGAGCCCACACGGAGGGCCAUGUUUAAACGGCUCCUAAAGGCGGGCAGGGCCAAAGUAUACCACUGCCCGCCUCCCGCUCAUACCUCUGUCACUCAUGUCAUGGCGAAACCCAUCACAGAGGACUCAAAAUCCCACAAUGCGCCAUGCUACCCUGUCAGCUGCAUUGUCCAGCACCUCUUUGGGAGCAAUUGUGUGGAUAUGAAGUUCAACAUAACAGAUGAUCAACCAGCAGAGAUGAUGAAGGCCAGUUUUGUUGAUGUUGACUUCUCUGAACUGGAGACAGACCUCAGGGACUAUGUCGUCAAACAGCAGGGCCAGCCGAGGCUGUGCUUCCUUGAAUUUCUGGAUUACCAUGACCCGCACCGUCCACAGUCCCAGGCAACAGGAACAGACUUCAGCAAUGUUGGCAGUAUGAUCGAGUGCGGUCUCUUCAUUGAAGCCUUGGACUCAAUUAGAAGUGCCGUGUUCCCAGGGCUGCUGCCACCAGCGCCAUAUCUGGUCUCCCUCUUAGAAUACGCACAGCAGGGUAACGCCACAACUGUCUUUCUGAGAAGUUUCUGGCAUGUCAUGUAUAACCUGCUCCUUACCAACCCUCCCUGGGUGGCUCCCAGCACGGUGAAAAAAUAUUUUACCCUGGUGUUGCAGUGUCCUCGGUGUAAGACAGGCCUGUGGCCUUUUCUAGAGACCGCCAUCAGUUACUGCCUGUCCAGUGAGGUUACUUGUCACCCACUCCCUGGACCUGCCCUGUCAACACUGUUACAUUUUUAUGGUGACCUCCUGGCGUUUUCCCUCAAGCUCUUCCAGGGGGAACUCCACUCUGUCACCACCAGGGACUUUGUGUUGCCUGAGGGAACAGGAGUCUCUCAGGCUUCAGCUUCAGGAUCUUUGCUGUAUGGAACCUUCUGGACUGUGUGGGAGCGCUCCACGCUGUUGUCCCGAGCUGUGAAACAACUAACCCAGCUUUUGGUACAGGCUGCCAUCGAGGACUAUGCUGAGAGGGAUGAGAAGCAGAAGCUGCAUUUGGCGGACACCCUGCUGGACCUCCUGUCUGUGUUGGUGGAGUUCUGGUGUCAGCAGCACUUUAAACUGAACCCGAACCUGGUGGAAAAGGGCCUAAAAGACCUAGCAGAGCACUUUGCUGUUAUCAGCCAGGAUUUGUCUCCGGUGGUUUUGGCAGAGCUGGUCGUCAGGAUUCGCUCUAACAGACUGAAGUUGGUGAUGGCCGAUGCCAUAUUCAGGAAUAUCUGCUGCAGAAAUGGAUUCACAAUUGGAGAUGAACCCCUCUCUCUCAAGAAAAUGGUGCUAUCCUACCUGCCUGCUCUGGGGAGUUUGGCUCAGAGUCCCACCGGUGCUCACCUCAGGACUGGACCCACCUCCCACAGCUGCACCAGCCAUGAGACCAGUCGCGGUACUCAGAGCUCUGAAACAAGCCUGGAGAGCGAGAACAUCCCCAGAGGUUUGAACAGAGUCAACGCAGCAGGAGAGACCCUCCUCCACAGAGCUUGCAAGAGGAACCAAGUGGAAACGGUGCUUCAGAUCCUGGCGCUUCCUGGCACGGACGUCAACAUUAAAGACCAUGCAGGCUGGACACCUCUGCAUGAGGCAUGCAACCAUGGCAGCACUUCGUGUGUGGAGGCUUUGCUACGUCACCACCCUGCCCCUGUGCUCAAUAACCAGGUGGGUGGAGUCAGUCCCUUGCAUGAUGCCCUGCUGAACGGACACAUGGACAUCGCCAAAAUGCUACUGGAGCAUGCAGGCUCAGCUCUCCUGCAGCAGACUGAUGGAGACGGACGGACUGCACUGGAUCUGGUCUCUUCAACAAGUCAGAGAGAGAAGCUCCUCCACAGCGCGCAGGUCGGAGACUCAGCCCUGAGAAACAGAGUGACUGAGGUGUUGAACCUGCCCCACCUGGAGGCCGGAUCCUCUCUGCUGGCCCACCUCAUUUUCUCCUACCACCAAGAGAGGGGCCUUCCCAGCCGCACGCAGCCCAGCGACAAAUCCCAUAGCCUGGGCUACAGGCUGGUCCGAGUCCUGCAAGCACACUCCCUCCAAAAAGUGACUUUGGGCUGGACGAACCAGCGGGCAGUGAGGCUGGUGGAGGAUGCAGAGACACUGUUGGAGCUCAGCAGAGGGAGUUACCUGGGGCAUGUGUCUCAGGCAGUGAAAGAGUGCAAAGGAGAGAAUACACUAUUCCUAAUGGACAUACUGGAGGAUCUUAAGUCUCGUGGAGAAGCAUUAGUGGCUGACUUGUGACAGAGGAUUAAUGGACAACGCACUGACAAGGACUUGAAUGCACAACCCAUGAUCGGAAAGUUAUGUGUUCUUUGUAUACUAUGCUGCAAACACCUUCUAUGGAUGUAAAAUAAUCUGGCCAUCUCCUGUCUUCCCAUUCAGGUGAAUGGGUAAGCGUGUGCAAUUUUUGAAGUUAGCUGUAUGUUAACAAACCCUUUGAUACUUUUGGUUAUAAGAACAUACUUUGGAUAUAUGUCACUACCUUAUUUUGGUUUACUUUCCAAAUAUUACAUGGGGAAAAAAAUAUUUAUGUUUAACGUUCUGAGUUGCACGUUUUUAUGGCAACACUGUAUCGACUGUUACUACCUCAAGUUCUUGUUUUCUACAGCUAUGUUUAAAAGUACAAUUGUUUUUACAUUUAAAUAACCUAUUUAUGACAAAAUAAAUGAAAAGAACUUGA